UUUACCCACAAAACAAAACAAACAGGGGACGGUAAUUAAAACAAAACCCUAUUACCCUCUUUCAUGGUUGCAACGGCCGGAGAUACGAAGCAUAUGCAGCGUGAAGGAACUGAAGCAAGAUCGCAGAGCCUCUGUAGAUCUGCAGUUGGUAAUCCGAGGGCUGCUUAUGAAUGUCAGAUUGAAAAUAAUCCUGAAAUCAGGCAAGUUACAGAGCACACAGAAAGUGGAAAAGAGCGUGUAGAGGCCAAUUUUUGAAUAACAGCAACUUAUCUCGCGUCCGAAGAAAGAAGAAGACUCCAAUCCGCCAUGGUUCUUUUGCAACCAGACCCGUUCCUCAAUGAGCUUACAAGCAUGUAUGAACGCAGCACUGAAAAAGGCUCUGUCUGGGUCACCCUUAAACACUCAUCCUUGAAGUCUAAGGUGAAGAGGAAUAAAAUGAAAAGUGCUGGUGAAGCUAUUGAAUAUAGAUGCCUUGUUCGGGCCACUGAUGGGAAAAAGACUAUCUCGACCUCGGUGUCAGCAAAGGAUCACCAACGGUUUCAAGCUUCUUAUGCGACUAUUCUCAAGGCCCAUAUGCAUGCUUUAAAGAAGAGGGAAAGAAAGGACAAGAAGAAAGCUGUAGAAGGUGAUAAGAAACGAGAAGGUUCCAAAAAGCCUGCUUCUACACCUUCUGCCUAAAUCAGGAUUUAUUAGACUGUUGGGCAUCAAUUUAUAGAAGUGGUCCUACCAAAACAUAAUUGAAUUCAAAUAGUUAAAAAGGGUUAUGUUUUCUUUUCACAUUUUUCCCCCAAGUUUUAUAAUAACACACAAAGUUUGUGAUGUUGUGGUUACAUUGAAAUUUUUUUAGCAUCUUAUUUGAGUUCGGUUGAUUUUGUUACAGCCUAAA